AUGGCAAGCAAACAAAGUAACACAGACUGCAUGUCAUGCAGUGUACUGAACUGGGAGCAGGUCAGCCGUCUGCAUGAGGUUCUUACAGAGGUGGUUCCGAUUCACGGACGAGGUAACUUCCCAACGCUGAAGAUAACUCUGAAGGACAUUGUUCAGACUGUUCGGAGUAGGCUGAGUGAAGCUGGCAUUGUGGUACAUGAUGUCCGUCUGAACGGCUCUGCAGCUGGUCACGUCCUGGUCAAAGAUAAUGGGCUGGGAUGCAAAGAUCUGGAUCUCAUUUUUCAAGUUUCUCUUCCAAGUGAGGCAGAGUUUCAGUUAGUUCGAGAUAUGGUGUUGCGGUCCCUCUUGAAUUUCUUGCCGGAAGGAGUAAGCAAGCUGAAAAUCAGUCCAGUAACACUGAAGGAAGCCUACAUCCAGAAGCUAGUCAAAGUGUACACAGAGUCUGACCGCUGGAGCUUGAUAUCGCUUUCCAACAAACAUGGCAGGAAUGUGGAGCUGAAGUUUGUAGACUGCAUACGGCGACAGUUUGAGUUCAGCGUGGACUCCUUCCAAAUCAUAUUGGACUCCUUGCUCUGUUACUAUGACUACUCAGAAACCCCCAUGUCAGAACACUUCCAUCCAACUGUAAUUGGGGAGAGCAUGUAUGGAGACUUUGAAGCAGCUUUUGAUCAUCUCCAGAACAAGCUGAUAGCUACCAAAAACCCUGAAGAGAUCCGAGGUGGUGGUCUUCUGAAGUAUAGCAAUCUCUUAGUACGAGACUUCAGGCCCAUGGAUAAGGAUGAGAUCAAAACAUUAGAGCGCUACAUGUGCUCCCGAUUCUUCAUAGACUUCCCAGACAUCCUGGAUCAGCAACGCAAAUUAGAGACCUACCUCCAGAACCACUUCUCCAAAGAAGAGAGGAGCAAAUAUGACUACCUCAUGAUUCUGCGCAGGGUGGUGAAUGAGAGCACAGUCUGUCUCAUGGGACAUGAGCGAAGGCAGACUCUCAACUUGAUUUCUCUGCUAGCCCUCAAAGUCCUGGCAGAACAAAACAUCAUCCCUAAUGCCACUAAUGUUACCUGUUACUACCAGCCAGCACCUUAUGUUAGUGAUGUUAACUUCAGCAAUUACUACCUUGCCAGUGCCCCUGUGUCUUACAGCCAGUCUUACCCCACUUGGUUGCCUUGCAACUGA